ACACACACACACAUGUUUAACGGCCCUCGCUGUGAUCUGCACGCCAAUAUAAUCGCUCACGGCUGCAGCGCUGGGGCGGCGAUAAUGACCUUCAGCGACAUGAAGAUAGAAAAGAACAAGAAGAUCAACAUGGCGCUCUCUCAGUCUCAGGUCUCUCCUCAGAUGAUGACCAUGAGCUUUCUGCCCGGAGAGGAGAAGACGGUGGAGGUGGAGGUGUUCGCUCCGACGAAAGGUCCUCUGGAUCUCUACAUCCUCAUGGACUUCUCCAACUCCAUGGCGGACGAUUUGGACAGCUUGAAGAAAAUGGGCGAAAAGCUGGCUCAGUCGGUUCAUACUCUGUCGGAUAACUUCACCAUUGGGUUUGGGAAGUUUGUGGACAAAGUGAUCGAGCCGCAGACGGACAUGAGGCCUGAGAAACUCGCAAAGCCAUGGCCGAACAGCGACCCUCCGUUCUCUUUCCAAAACGUCAUCAAGCUAACGCAUAACGUAACGUUCUUCAACAAUGAGCUCCAGGAUGAGAGGAUUUCUGGAAACCUGGACGCUCCCGAAGGAGGUUUUGAUGCCAUACUGCAGGCAGCAGUUUGUAAGGACCAGAUCGGCUGGCGCGACCACAGCACUCACCUGCUGGUGUUCUCCACCGAGUCGGCCUUCCACUACGAGACCGACGGCAUGAACGUCCUGUCGGGGAUCUUGAAGCGAAACGACGAGCAAUGCCACCUCAACGCUGAACACAAAUACACACAGGACAUUCACCAGGAUUAUCCGUCCAUUCCCACGUUGAUCCGUGUGUUGGGAGAUCACAACAUCAUCCCCGUCUUCGCCGUCACAGAACACUCCUACACCUACUACGAGAAACUCAAAGAGUAUUUCCCCAUCGCUGAGGUCGGUCGGCUCACAGAGGACUCGUCCAAUAUGCUGCAAAUCAUGGAAACCGCCUUCAAGAACAUCCGGUCUAAGAUGAGCAUCCGUGCAGCGAACAAACCGAAGGCUUUCGAGACGGAGUUCCUGGACGAAGAGAAUGUCGUAAAAAAAUUCGGAGCCUUUAAUUUCAAACCUGGAAAAAUAGGAAAUUUCAAGUUACGAGUCAAAGCCCACCGAAUGCUCGAUGACAAUCCGGUCUGUGAGUCUAAUGAGGCCGACAAAGAGGGGGAAAUGAGAGUCAAACCAACAACCUUCAAUGCCGGCGUAAACAUUAAAGCCUCCAUUCUGUGUCCGACCUGCGACUGUGAGAAGACUAUCCUCCCUAAAGCAGACAUUUGUCAUAAAAAUGGAAACCUGGUGUGUGGGAAGUGUCACUGCUCUAUCGGCUGGUUGGGUACGUUCUGUAACUGCUCGGCCAGCACUUCAGCCGAAGACAGCAGCCAGUGCAUCGCUCCGGGGAUGAAGGAGCCCUGCUCUGAUCGGGGGGAUUGUUUGGCCUGUGGCAUCUGUGUUUGCUACAACCCCGACCAGUUUGAGGGGCCGUUCUGCCAGUAUGACAAAACCCAGUGUCAGCGCCACCAAGGAUUCCUGUGCAACGACCAUGGCUCCUGUGUUAUGGGUGGCUGUGCCUGCGCUAAAGGAUGGAAGGGGAAAGCCUGCGAAUGUCCCAAAAGCACCGACACCUGUCAGGACUCAAAGGGAGGUGUGUGUAACGGGCGAGGUGAAUGUGUGUGUGGCCUCUGCGUGUGUCCCGAAUCUGGAAUCGAAUUGACUGCAACCUGUGAGCCAAAUUUCCAGGCCCUGGCGGGUGCGUGCGAGGGUACGAGGAGUUGCAUUCAGUGUCAGGCGUGGAAAACGGGAGAAAAGAAAGACAAAGAGAAGUGUGACACGUGCCCCUUUAAGAUCACGCUGGUGGACGAACUCAAAGACGCGGGGAAGGUGCUGGAACAUUGCAGUUUCCGCGACGAAGAUGAUGAUUGUACGUAUCAAUACACCCUGGAAAACUCAGAAGACCCAAAAGUGAAAGGCCUGGAGGUCCAGGUGCUCGAGAAGAGAGAUUGCCCCGCUGCGAGCCUCCUCUGGCUGCUCCCUCUGCUCCUCUUCCUCCUGCUGCUCCUCGCCCUCCUGCUGCUCUGCUGCUGGAAAUACUGCGCCUGCUGCAAAGCCUGCUGCGCGAGCUGCCUCGCGCUGCUGCCCUGCUGCAGGAAAGGUCGCAUGGUGGGCUUUAAGGAAGACGAGUAUUUGCUGCGUCAGUCUCUGCUCACCUCGGAUCACCUCGACACCCCGAUGGUGAGGACCGGCCCGCCAAAAGGAACCGACGUCGUCCGCUGGAAAAUCACCGACAACGUGCACCGACCUCCAAACCACCCGCAGGCUCUGAUAAAACCAAACCCCAAAGAGAUCAUCCAGCACCCGAUCUCCCUCCGGUUAAACAGACUGUUCUCAGAGAACCUUUCACGCACCGAUUCCAGAGACGCCGAACAGCUCCGCAAAGAAGUGUCCGAUAACCUCAACGAGGUUUACAAGCAGGUUCCCGGAGCCCAGAAGGUCCAGAAAACCUCGUUCAGGAUGCAGAGAAAUGCUGGAAAAAGGCAGGAGUACGCCAUCAUGGACACCGUCCUCACCGCUCCUCGCAGCACUUUCCCCGAUAUCGUCAAACUCACAGAGAAAAACGUGCAGUCUGGAAACGUGAACGACCUCAAAGUCGUGCCGGGAUAUUACACCGUGGCCACAGACAGAGAGGCUGUGGGAGCCGUGGAGUUUCAGGAAGGCGUGGAGUCUAUAGACGUCCACGUGCCGCUCUUCGUCAAAGAUGAAGACGAUGAUAAGAAGCAGCUGCUGGUGGAGGCCGUGGACGUCCCGCUGGGCAUCGCUGGGAUCGGGAAGCGCCUGGUCAACAUCACCAUCAUCAAAGAGCACGCCUCCAGCAUCUUCUCCUUCCUGCAGCCGGCGUACACGUACAGCCGGUCGGACGGAGUCGCCAACAUCCCGAUCAGCCGAGAGAUCAUCGAGAACGGACGAACGCAAGUGACCUACCGAACACGAGACCAAACGGCUAAAGACAAGAAGGACUACAUCCACGUGGAAGGAGACCUGAGCUACGGUCCUGAUGAGACCCAGAAAUUAGUUCCCGUCCGCCUGCUGGAGCUCAGCGAGAAAGACGGCCUUCUAGACGAAAAGCAGGUCCGGCAGUUUGUGAUGGACCUCAGUAACCCAAGACAGGGAGCCAAGCUGGGACGCUACCCGAGAACCACCGUCACCAUCACAGACCUGCCAGAGCCCAGUGUGAUGAUGUUCAAAAAGGGAACCCAGAACUUCACCACCUCCGACCUGAACUACUCCGUCCCCGUGGUCCGCACUCGAAACCCAAACAGCCCGGCGACGGUGAAGUGGAGAACCAAGAAGUCUCAGCGCCUCGACCUCUCCGGCGUCCUGAAGUUCAACCCCGGAGAGACGGAGAAGAACAUCGUGAUCGACCCGAAGUCCAAACCCGGCCCUGUGACGCCCGAAAUUAUCCAAUUGGAGCUGUUCGACCCGAGCAACAACGCCUCCGUCGGAGAGAAGAAGACCACGCUGAUCAACGUCAUCGAUGCAGCAGGUCCCAGAUCUACAGAGUUUGACCAGAUGCAGAUGAGCAACAUAAAGACAACAGCCACUUCCCCCGGCGGCCAUAUUCUCUCCCCCGAAAACCUCAAGGCCAAAGCAACCGGACCCCGAAACAUCCGCCUCAACUGGGACCCUCCGCCUGGGAACCCCCAGGGGUACAAGGUAAAGUACUGGAUCUAUGGCGACCCGGAGGAAGACGCCAAGGUGAUGGAUGUGAAGACGCCUCAGGCUGAGCUGACCAACCUGUACCCGUACUGCGACUACGAGACGAGGGUCUGCGCGUACAACGCCAUGGGAGACGGAUAUGAUACAGACAUGGUGCCCUGUCAAACACUGGAGGACGUUCCCGGUGAACCAGGACGUCUGGCCUUCAACGUGAUCAGCCCGACGGUCACUCAGGUCAGCUGGGGUGAACCUGCCGAAACCAACGGGAACAUCACGGCGUACGAAGUCAUCUACACCCCCAUCGGCGAGGACACGAAGCCAGAGGGCGCCGCUAAGAAGAUAAAGAUCGACAACCCGAAGAAGCGCAUGCUGCUGAUCGAGAACCUGCAGCGCGCCCAGACCUACCAGUACAAAGUCCGGGCCAUGAACAGCAUGGGCUGGGGUCCAUUCAGAGACGCCACCAUCAACCUGGCAUCGCAGCCCGCAAGACCUCUGUCCAUUCCCAUCAUCCCAGAUAUCCCCAUCAUCGACGCUGAGGCUGGAGACGAGUACGACAGCUACCUGAUGUACAGCAGCGAGGUGAUGAAGUCUCCUGCAGGAUCCAAGACUCCCAGCGUCUCCGGAGAUGGCUGGAACCAUGUGAAGUUGGUCGGGUCCAACCUGGACCUGCGUAAGGUGUCGUGGAAAAAGCGAGUGGACGUCUUCCGGCUCAGCACCGACACCGAGGCCAGCUCCGACAGCGAGGCCCCCCGCCAAAACUACGCCAACACACCGCGUCCAGAUUACAACAUGAAUGGAAAAUGGGAUUCGAGCUUCCAGUUCCCGGGAGGUUCAGCGUCUCGAAAUCUGUCGACUUCUUCCUCUCCGAGAUCAACUCUGAGCACCAACUACAGAGGAGGGGGGGGCAGCUCCUUCACCACAGAAACAUCCACCACCUACAUGAGCAGCUCAGGAGGCACUCGUAGGACUGACAUGACUGUAGGAGGAGGAGGAGUCCACACUUCAGAAGUCAUCAUGAGGAAGCACUCGGAGCACCGGGCCUACACCGAGGAAAACAUCCGAGACUCCAUUGUGAUGGGAGACUUGUCCGGAAAGUUCCCAGAUCUAGGUGGUUUCGGCUACAAUGCGUCGCAGAGCAGCUCUCAGUUCAGCUACAGCCUCUCUCAGGGCUCCAGAGCUCGGACCGGGUCUUCAGACGUCAACGAAGCGCUUUAUAGUCUGGACAGGGUGCUGCAGGACGCUCGUGUCUCUCCAGGAGUCCCAGACACUCCCAGCCGACUCGUGUUUUCGGCUCUCGGCCCGACGGCCCUGAAAGUCAGCUGGCAGGAGCCUCACUGUGAGAAGGACAUCAUGGGAUACUGCGUUCUCUACCAGCUGCUCAGUGGAGGUGAGGUGAAUCGCAUCAGCGUUGGGAACCCGGCGGAGAACGCGGUGCUGAUCCAGGAUCUGCUUCCCAACCACUCCUACCUGUUUAAAGUGAAGGCUCAGAGUCAGGAGGGCUGGGGACCUGAGAGGGAGGGAGUCAUCACCAUCGAGUCCGCUGUGGACCCAAAGAGCCCACUGUGCCCCAUGCCAGGUUCUCCGUUCACCCUCAGUACUCCGAGUGCUCCGGGUCCGCUGGUCUUCACGGCUCUGAGUCCAGACUCUCUGCAUCUCAGCUGGGACAAACCAAGGAAACCCAACGGAGACAUCCUGGGAUACAUCGUGACCUGCGAGCAGCUGCACGGUGGAGGAGACAUCCGCUCCUUCCAGGUGAACGGAGAAAGCUCUGAGACGAGUCUCACUGUCCCGAACCUCACGGAAAACGUCCCGUACAAAUUCAAAGUCCAGGCUCGAACCACACAGGGCUUCGGACCCGAGAGGGAGGGCAUCAUCACCAUUGAGUCUCAGGACGGAGGCGAUAUGUCUCAGUACGACAGCCAGUCGAUGUCGAGGAGAGAAGUUUUCCAGUUGCCGACAGAUGUCAGUAGUCUGACCAACGUCUCGCACACCAUGAUCAACGACCCCUACUACUCAGGUGACGGCAUGAUGACGACCACGCAGCACAUGGAGUCGAGCGGCAUCGUGACCCGGCAGGUCACCAAGGAGGUCGUUCAGAGGAGCGUCAUGGGAGGAACCACCGUCACCAAGAACAUGUUUUAUGAAUCUUAAUAACCCAACAUUUCACAGCCAAAAUAAGUCAACAUGAUGAGGAAUCAUAUCUGAGAUUCUCUUUUACAAAGAGCGCUCAAACAUUAUCAGUGUAUAUCUUUAUACCUGUGUGUUUAAGCGAGGCUAAGGGACCAAAACAUGUUUUGUUUUUUUAAUAGUCGCCUGUUACAAACUGUUGCCACUUUUCCAUCAAUUUCCACAUUUUCUUUCACUGCUGCUUUUGAUUGUAUUUGUGGUUUCUCACACUGGGGCUUGGAUUAAUGCAGUAAUCAAACUGAAUUAAUCCAAAGUGACCUUGUCUCACCCUAUCUUUACGAGGCAUUCAAAAGUAUAGUCUGUUUAAGAUGCAUCUCUUUGCAGAUGGUUAAUCAUUAUUUACCAAAAUGGUCUUAUCCUGAAUAUUAAAGUGGUUUAUCUGGGACUUUUAUGCAUAGAUUUGUAUUAUAUUAAAAGUGCGUUUUUUUCAAAGCAUAUUUAAGACUUUACAAGAUUUGUACUUAAACUUUCAUAUGUAGCCUAAUUACUAGUGGGCUUUUUAUCCACACAAUAACAACAUACGUAGAAGUGAAGUAGCUGGGAUCAUGGGAGUUUCUAAUGAAUUGUCUCUUCUGAAAAAACAGUUUUAAAGCAAAUUCAGUAUUUCCUGGAGAGGCUUCGAGCUAAAUGCUAACGUUAGCUCAGCCUUGUCUGUUUCUCCGAUAACGUAUGAUCCGGAUGUUCAGAAGUUGUUUUUAUCAGGAGUCAAAUUAUCCUUACACGUCUCUUCCUCUCGCGUUAGUUAUUAAAACAGUUGAAAUACAGAAUAAAGCAGUUUGUUUUCGAUUCAGUAUUUCCAUGGUGGACAGGAAGGUGGAGAGGCUACGAGCUAAAUGCUAACGUUAGCUUAGCUCUGAAUACUUAAGAUCCCGACAUUCAGAAGUAUUUUUCAUCAGAAGCCAAAUUAUCCUUACAGGUUUCCUCCUUUCACCUUAGUUAUUAAACCUAUUGAAAUACACAAUAAAGAAGUUUGUUUUAUAUUCAGUCUUUCUUCGAGAAGCUAUGAACUAACUAGCUCAGCCUGUUUCUCUGAAAACGUAUGAUCCAGAUGUUCAGAAGUUUUUUUUAAUGAAUAGCCAAAUUAUCCUUACAGCUCUCCUCCUCUCGUCUUAGUUAUUAAAACAGUUGGGAAGGUGGAGAGGCUACGAGAUAAAAGGCUAAUGUUAGCUUAGCCUGUUUCAGCCUGUUUCUUCUCUGACUCCUUAAGAUCCAGACAUCAGAAGUUUUUAAUCAGUGGCCAAAUUAUCCUUACAGGUCUCCUUCUCUCACAAACAAGCAGCCCCAGUGAGUAAAACCAGUAAUAAUACAUAAUAUACUAGUUUUAAAAUCACUGUUUCCCAAUGCAGUUUGGCUGUAGCUAACGUUAGCUCAGAUUCUUUCUCUGAUCACUUCCUAUCCAAACGUCCAAUGUCUAAAAUCCUUCAUUUGGUUAAAAUAUAUAGUUAAAAAGCACCAAGAUAUUAAAAGUGUUUGGUAAGAAUGUGGCUUAAACUGGAUAGAAAGUCAACCUAUGACAGCUUUCUGCAGACUCAUGCUCAAAGGGGAGAGGAAACACCCAAAUAGCCUCAUUAAAAUUACACAUGUCUUUGAAAACAAACAAGUCCAGUGGUUUUUAAACAUUUUAUAAAUAAUACCUUUAAGCAGAUUGACAUUAAAUAAAAUGCCAAAUAAAGACUUAUAUAGGCCUAUGCUGAUUUCCUGCUGACACGCAUGAUUUUACAAUACAAACAAAUUAUCAAAAACCUUUUGAAUAUAACAUGUUUUUUGUUUUUUAAAGAUGUUUUAUACUUAAAAAACGUGGUAUAGACUGCUUUAAGUUGAUAUGCGUUCUUACUCUACAAGGCUUUUGUAUUUUUGCAUUUUAAAUAGAUAAGGAAUUUAAGAGACAUGGUAUGUAACGACGGAAAGAUUGUAUUUGCUUCAAUGCAACUCCUACUGUAUAUUGGCUUCACAUUGAUGGUUGAAAGGGAUUCUGUAAACAUAUUUGAGAGGAUAUUUCAUUAAGAAAAGUUAACACCAACUCUCAGUUUCAUUUAACAACAUGCAUGACUUACCUUUAAACAGUUGAGCACUUUUUUGCAUUUGUUUUGGUACUCUAUUGCAAAAAAAAUAAAGAUUUUUAA